AUGGAUGAUGUUAUCUUCUUGUUAACUGAGAGUGAAAUAGGGCUGGCUUGCCUUCUACAUUUCUUACCAAACCAAAUUCAAAGCAGACUACCAGAGCAGACUGUGUGUUUGGUUAAAGCCAGAGAGAGUGCGUGUUUGGGGAUGAUGACUCGCUCCUCUUCACGUCUUCACUCUUUCAUCAAACUCAAAUGUAAUCUCAUCACCAACUCUGUAACAACCCCUCUUUCAUCUUCCCCAUUCGCUCCUCACUCCACUUCUUUAGCUUCUCUUCUUCACUCCACUUCCUUUUCAAAUGAUGGGGAUCGUUCUCUGUCUAAAUUGGAUGAUGCCUUUAACCUGUUCGAUGAAAUGAUCCAGAGAAAACCCCUCCCAUCUGUUAUCAAGUUUAAUCAGCUGUUGAAUGCUGUUACCAAAAUGAAACAUUUUUCUUGCUCUCUUGACCUUUUCAAACAGAUGUGUGCCAUUGGAGUUCCUGUUGACAAAUACUCUAUGAGUAUUGCCAUCAAGUGUUGUUGUCAGAUGUAUCGCACCAAUGACGGUUUUGCACUCUUAGCUUCUUGCUUCAGGCGAGCUGUGGUCCCAAAUGUAUUCAUAUUUAGUACACUCUUAGAUGGACUCGUCAUAGAAAAUAGGAUUGCUGAGGCAGAGAAUUUUUUUAAGAAGUUAAUCAAGCAGAGACUCUGUGAACCGAAUGUAGUUAUGUAUUCCACUAUGAUCAAAGGGCUUUGCAAAUUUGGCAAUAAUGAUAUUGCCAUUGGUUUGCUUAGGCUCAUGGAUGAAAGAGGCUGUGAGCCUAAUGUUGUUGUAUAUAAUACCAUCAUUGAUAGUCUUUGUAAGGACAAAAUGAUGGAUGAUGCUUUCAACCUUUUCAAAAAAAUGGUAUUUCACAAAGGCAUUCUACCAGAUGUCAUUACAUACACCUCUUUGAUCCAUGGCCUUUGUAACUUAGGUCGUUGGGACGAGGUCUCUAAGCUGCUAAAAGAAAUGGAGGAGGAUGUAAGGAUCUCUCCUGAUAUUCAAACCUUUAGCAUAUUAGUUGAUGCGUUUUGCAAAGAAGGUAGGGUGGAUGAAGCGGAGGCUGUUAUAGACAUCAUGGUUGAGAGAGGUGAGGUUCCUAACAUAGUGACAUACAGUUCACUUGUAGACGGUUACUGUCUGCGAGGUGAGAUGACCAAGGCAAGGACGCUUUUUGAUUCACUUACUUCUAAAGGUCUAGUCCCUAAUGUUGUUACUUACAACAGUUUAUUGAACGGGUAUUGCAAGAGUUUGAAAGUAGAAGAGGCCAUGCAUAUGUUCCAUGAUAUAACAAGAAAAGGUUUGAAACCUGAUAUAGUCACUUACAACACCAUGUUACAGGGAUUGUUUAGGGUUGGGCGUUGUGGGGAGGCACGCAAACUCUUUGAUGAGAUGCGAGCAGCAGGCCAAAUUCCAGAUGAAUACACAUAUGGAGUAAUUUUAGAUGGCCUUUGCAACAACCAUCAAGUAGAAGAGGCACUCUCUUUGCUUCAUUUGGUGGGUGAGAGCAAGCUAAAUUAUAAUAUCGUGGUGUACAAUAUUCUUAUUGAAGGUGCAAGCAAAUGUGGGAAGCUUGAAACUGCGAAGACUCUUUUCCAUGACCUAACUUUAAAAGGUUUGCAGUCUGACGUGCGAACAUUUAACAUAAUGAUCAGUGGCCUCUGUAGAGAAGGUCAGCUAAAGGAAGCAAAGCUCUUGUUUCUUAAAAUGGAUGAGAGUGGCUGCCCACCAGAUAGUGUUACUGAUAGAGAUCCGGUUCUGAUUAAUAGGAAUAUAGAUUGGAAUUGA